AAUAUAAAAUCACGACAACUAUAGCGACGAAGGGGUGCGCCUGACGGCUCCGGACACACAGCUUCAGCUUAGUGCCUAAACCCUUCGCUGCUCGUCUUUGUCGCACCGUUUUGAACUCCCGCCACGUCAGCCUCGCCGUUAUCGUCCCCUGCCACGUCAGGCGCACCGUGUUUACCACUUCCGUGCGAGCUUCGCUACGGUGUGGCGGUGCACUACAUCGGUCCGCUGACGACAAUACUUGGGGAAACUCAGACCAGUGAAGACAUGAGUUCGGUGCCACCUCCUGUUUAUCUAGGCUAUGUGAUCGGUAUGAAAUCUACGUAUGGCUUCAUUGAAACCAGGGAUUAUCGGAGCGUCGAUUUCGAUCGAAGCAAACUCGCGGGAGGCGGAGAAAAUGUCCCAUUGUGCCGUGGGGACGAGGUGGAGUUCACACUGGAGAAGCCCGGCAGGGCGGCGCAUGUGACCAAGCUGCCAGCAGGCACCAUCGCGCGCCCGGCGCUGCGGAGCGAAAAACCUCGACGAGGCGUCGUGACUCAACAAAUACUCUCAGCGACCGACGUGGCCGACAUUUCCGGUCGCCUUGAGGACAAAGCCAAGCGCACUGAGCACCGGUUCGGCGUGUCUGCUGUCAGCAACACAUGGGGUAAGUUGGUAGUGGGAGAAGAAGUGAUGUACAAGCUAGAGAAGAACAACGAGAGAGCAGCCAACAUCACUGUGGAGCGAUCAAGAUCCCGCUCCACUGUCAGCAGCAUAAAUUACAGUAAAGGCUUUGGUUAUCUCGAACUCGGCAAUGGCACCCUCUUCUUCUUCAGCGAAGUAAAGGACGACCAACAGCUUGCUGAAGGCGACGAAGUGGAGUGUAGUCUGGUUGAAGUUACCACCAAAAAUGGUAACCGGUCUGAAGCCGUUCAAAUUCUGCCGGUCAACGUUCGGCGCAAUCGGUUUGUCUUGGAGCGUGCCACAUUGCGUGGAUAUGUGUGUUCUGUCGCCGGCGAGUUUGGUUUCAUUGAAACCAUGAACCACAGAAGUACCUCUUUCCAUUUGGCCUGCACAGAGGGUAUUCCACCGCAGCGUGGUGACGAGGUGGAGUACACGCAGAGCCAACGCGGGGUGGUGGAAAGGGUGACCAAGCUGCCAGCGGGUACCAUCGCACGCCCGACGCUGCUGCCCGGGAUGCACCGAGGUGUCGUUCUCCAUCCAGUAAGCCGAGACCGUUACACCAUUGACAUCUCCGGUAGCCUGAAGGACAGCGAUACGGGCGCCAUAUACAAGUUCGGUGUGUAUUCCGCCAGCAACACGUGCGGAUUGUUGGGGGUGGGUGAAGAGGUGACAUUCCAGCUGGAGGGGAACACAGAGCGCGCGGCUAACAUCACCGUGGACCGUGCGAGACUUCGCUCCACCGUCAAACACCUCGUUCCCAACAAAAGGUACGGCUUCUUGGAGCACGAGGGCGGCACGCUCUUUCACUUCUCGGAAGUUCAGAACGGUCAGAAACUUGCCGUAGGAGAUGAAGUGGAGUUCAGUCUGACGCAUGCUUCUGAUCAUAGAGAUGAACAACCGGUGGCAGUCCAGGUGGUUCGGGUAGGCGACGGCAGCAGACCUGCGCCCAGCGGCGGGGCGAGCGGACCGGCCACCUCCGGUCCUCCACCGCAGCCGUCUCUCGACUGAACGGUGGAACCGACCCUCGACACGGAAGAAACACACGGAAGGCACGAAAGAACAGUGGAACGGCACGGAAGACAGCCAGGCUGCGGUAGAUCGCGUUGUGCGCCGGCGGCAGACGAACUGCUGUGGCGUCGUCAGCGACUGCCCGUGCUGGUGGACUUUUCGGAUUUCUGCAAGGGGCGCCCGUCCGCGGCUUGUUAGUGUUUAACCUAGUUCGGCUACAAUCUGUUCAGUCUAGUAUCUUAGAGCGGGUCGCAUCUAUUAACCACAAGGCGCUUUGCGAUUGGUGCAGCGCCAGAAUAUGGCGCCUUAUCACUGGACCUGCGCAACCUUUAUUUAGCGAUAGCAAACCCUCUUUGGGACUGCGCAUCUUUAUUAGCAUUAUACUGUACACUCUUAAACGGAAAGUUCCACAUAUGUAUGGCGUUUUGAAAUGAAAAAGCCAUCUCGAGGACAUCCUGACGCAGUUCACGGAUAUGCCUUUUUAAGACCCAAACGCUCUGGUUCCUGAGUUGCACGUCCGCAAAGUACGAAAAGUCUUCUUUAGAGCGUACUUUAAAAUCGCCUUCUGAUUAAUGACGCCAUAGAACCGUCAUUAGAUCCCCGUGGUUAACAGGUCGUUUUUUUUUGUUUAUUUUCAAAACAGCAUGGUCACUGCUGCAUUCGCAAAGGCGAUGAUGCUGCACAUGUGAUGAUGCUGUCCGUGGAAGAUGAUUGGCUGCGCGAUACCCGUCGUGAACGGGUAAUUUUUCCUCAUUUCUAGGCCACGGGUCAAUGUUAUAGAAAAAAACGUCAGUUUGCUAAAAAAAAAAAAAUACGGCACCCAGAAAAUGGGCACUCUCCCGGAGUUAUAAAAAAUAAGACGCGACGAGAAUGGCCGGUUGACGUCAGGUUUCGUGUGUUUCGAGGUAUUCUUUAGGUCUGGCUGCCAGAUGCUGCCAGGUUUUGCUGUCGUCACAAACCCAUUUCGUGACGCCAACAAACAAUGACGUAAUGGGGCCCAUUUUUAUCAACCUUGAAAUUUUGCCACUUGCGUCGUUUGUGUACCUUGAAAGCUUACCAAUAGUUACAAGGAAGUAUUUCCCAUCAUAUUUGAUGCCUAACUCAAUAUCUUCAGAUGUGGAACAUUCCCUUUAACUGCAGUCUCAAACUUGAAUGAAGCACAACAAACAAAUACAGUUAUAACAACUGAGCGAGCCAUAACUUUUAAACCUCAACUGAAGAGGGCAUGUCCGACGAUUUUUUGACGCGAACUUUCUGGCGAGUUUUUGAGGUUUAUUAAUUUUUUCAUCCGGGAUUGAGGCUGCCUUUAAGAGUGUACAGUAUAACUUUCUGAGCUUUGUCUAAUGUUCAUGUUAGGGUUGCUUGCUUGGGACACUGUAAUGUGUGAUGCACUUGUGACUCCACAACCUGAUCUCCACACUGAGUUGAUGGGGACGGACAGGGCGGUGAUCACAACGGCUUACGUCUAAUCCAGGCCAGAGCUUUCGUAUCAAGAAUCUUUUCUCGGCCUGCCCCUCGUUUGCAUGAUUUAGAACAACCCGUGAUUACGAAGUCCUUUGGAUGACCCAUGUACCUUUAGCAGGGGUUUUUCUUAUGACGCAUGCUUAUGACGCUGCAUUUACGUAGUAUUGCGUCAUGACUGAAACUGGCGUGUGACAGCGUACAUUAGCGACCGCUGAUAUGGCGUAAUCCGACCUGUGACCAGAAUGCGUUGAUAAAGCAGCCUAUUGAGCGAAUAAUGUCGCUGUUCCGAAGCCGAACGCACACACCAUUGGUAUCGGAACAACUGAUUAACUUUGUUUCGCGAUGUAAAGACGAGCCACGAGUAGGCAUUGUGGUACGCUGACAGUCACUGGUACGACGGACUCUCCCAUGAACCCGAUGGAAGAGUCACGACCAUGGCCGCAGAAAUAAGGCUGACAAUUUUCUCACUUUCGCCUGUUCGGAGCCCGUAAGGUGCGCCAGUGGCUGUAGCGGGAUGCGAGAGGGGAAUGCGGCUCAUCUGAGAGACGAUACCAGCGUCUCGCACCGCGACGGAGAGCGAUGGCAAUCGCUUCGGUAGGCCCCAAUUCGAAUACGGUGGAACGCUUGAUUGUUUUUUUUAUUGCGUGCAAAGAAUAUCGGCAAACAAUACCACUUGGAUAUAGUACCACAAUUUGAAUCUCAUGUAAAAUCACGUAUUUUAAUGCACAUUUAUUGAUGACAAUGCGUGUUCACGGAUAUCAAUGCGUAUUUACGGAUCGCAAUGCGUGUUCACGGAUCUCAAUGCGUAUUCACGGGUUUCAAUGCGUGUUCACGGAUCUCAUUGAGUGUUCACGGGUCAUCAAGUCCACUCUGCGGACUUGGCUACACAGAAGACUGUUCUGUUCGGCUCCAUGCUUGUCCGCCAGCUGGCAGAGCUGGUACCGCGUGCUGCCUCAAGGUAUGAUCUCAUCACACAUGUCCUGACCAGGCAAAGGCCGUGUGCGUAGUCCGCUUCAGCUCUCGGCUAUUGGAUCCACUCCAGACCACCACCACACAUCGCAUCGCUGCGGUAACGACAGAGCACGACGCUUCAUCGACCCUAUCUGGCAUCGGCACUGGUGUCCCCCUUCCCCCUCUCCUGACCCCAAUGAUAGCACAAGCUGAGCAGCGGCCGUGCAAAUGCUGUUCACUUUCACAAUCCAUUGGGGGGGGGGGGGGGGGGUCAUUUGUAGCUAGCGUUGUGGACAUAACUAAUGCGUCAAUGGAACACUGGCGGCAAGCUGUAUGGAGAGCUGGGGGUAAACAUCACGUAAAAUAAUAAUAUAUCCAUGACAGAGUCCGUGUCAAGGGAGCACGCACGCGCCGCGCGCGCGCGUACGUACGUACCGGGCGAAGGACCCUCAUGGAAAUUGGCGUGCAUUGUAAGAGGAAAAUGCAGAAUUCAGGUGUGAAGGGACGCAAAAAAAAACAUCCACGGCACUCUCGCGCCAUGCUUCUGAUUGUUACCAGCAUUCCUGUUGUCCACCGAAGAAUACCAGCGAUGAUACACUUCAUCGUAAAAUUUGAUAGGAGACCGUCCGGCAUCGUCCAAAGCCCAGGCGGAAUAUUCCAGCGCGUCGUUUAUAAGGUCUUUAGUAUAAUAGGCAUCCUGAUUGGUAUGUGCUUUGGCCUGUUUCUCGUAUGCAUUUCUCACUUAUGUUUUUACGGAUUUGCAAACGCGUACGAUUGAAUUUGAGCUACAAUUUUUGUUUUCUUAUAAAAGAAGCGGGGACAUGCUUGGGGCAAAUAGUUUGAAGCACUGGAUUCGCUGGUUUUAUAAGGAAUCGGUCGAGACGUGGCGGUUCGACAAACGUGGAGCCGAGCGAAAAAUCCGUAUUCUGAGGCCAGUACAUGCAUGCCUAUAAUGGAUUUCCUGUGGCACUGAUGUGUUGACUUUCCAUGGUAAAAAUCGCUGCGGGGCUUGGUGAAAGAUAUCUGUGUUGAACAAUUUAUCUCAUUCCACCCUGUUAUGAAUCCGACAGAAAAAACUAAAUUUGUAAAUCGCCCUUGGAUACAAUCAGAUGGUGUUGGCUGUGUUAUAAAUAUCUGAUUGCGGGUGCAAUGCAGCCCUGUUCCUUAAAUAUACAGGACUCGACCUACAACAACGUGUCAAAUAAUAUACGCUUAGCGCUGGAUUGAUCAUUAAGCCGUACAUAGUGCAGAGACAACCAUGGGUAAAAGUUCUGCUGCGUAUUUUUUCAGUCUGUUUGACAAAAAUGCACACUCUUCCGUUUGUUUGACAGCAACCUUUUGAUGUGAUUUGCAUUAUUGAUGCAAAAUACUGUGUGUCUCCUUCAUACAGAUGGAUUUUUGCUUCAUGGCGUACUCAGAUUACUCACCUUGUUCCUCUUAGUCCUGACGGAAAGCCCUCAUGGGUGCUCCAAUGUGUACAGAAGGGGAAACUAAGUGUAACAAAUAAAUUCCGAAAAGUUA